CCCAACCUUCAUGAGUAACAUCUACUCAUCAAAGAUUGUGUGGAUAUACAUUCAACCAGAGGGAUUUCAAUUUUUUUUUCUCAAUUUUUUUUAAUUAAAAUUUUUUUAGAGCCCUGAAAAGGUAGAACUUUCCAGUAUUACCUGUAAAAACAGUAAAAACUAGAAUGUAAAAAAUAUAUACAUUAUUGUGUGUAAUAGAAUUAUCUGAUGAUGAAACAAACCAGUAAGCAUGUUAACACGCUCACUGCACAAACACUAAGCAGUGUUCAUUUAUUAUUCAUCCAUUUAGAUCUAUUUAGCAUGCUUAAACUGCUGCACACUGGAAUCUCAAAUGAAGGUGUUUGUAGUGUCAUGUUUAGACGUUUCCACAUCCUGGAUUGAGAAACCUGUGGGAGACCAUCGACUGUUUCCAUCAGAGUAAACCUGUUCCUCAAAACCAAAGAUAUGUUUCUGAUCUUUGCAGGUCAUGAUUGAUCGUUUCAAGGAGGAAUGCCUCGUACUCCUGUUGGGAUCUGGCAGGAGCGUGUGUGAUUAUCGGAAAGUAUGAAAACUAAACUAUUGACAUUAAUAAUAUUAUGAACAUCAAUAAGAUUAUCAACAUAUAUUAAUAUUAAUAGGGCAAUAACCAAAAUAUGAAUUAAGUCUUAAAAUUGGUGUUCACUGAAAACGUCAAUAGCCAAAGUAUACUAUUCCACAUUCAGGUCAAGAACUGGGUCCAUGAUUUUUAAACUGAUUUUAAAGCUACAGUAAAAAGAAAUUCAGCUAACGAGGAGCCUGAAAGUGCAUGAAUUAUGUUUUCUGUCUUGUGGUUGUGCAUUUUGAAAUUACAAAGCGGAGAAGCUUCUUUACAGCUACAUGAUUUAAAGGUUUCAUUCAGCAUCCUAAAGAUAGUUUUGGAUUGACGUCCGUCCUGCAAGUAUUGUAUCAUUUUCUGUAAACCAGCUGGAAAAAUGGUAUUUUAUGUAGAUUAGUAUGUACCGUAUACAAUUGGAUAGAUACUUCUAUUAUCCAAAGGGAAGUUAAGACGUCCAGUAGUUUAUAAAACAUAUAAAACAGUGAUACACACAGGUUUGAAGAAAACUCCCCAUUUUCCAUCUCAUUCAGUAAACAUUUCAAUAUAUUAUACAAACACAGUGAAGCUAAUGCUCUGUCAUCAUCCACAGUUUGUGAUAUUACAGAUCCAUUAAUCAGUCACAUCCAAGAGGAACCACAGGGUGUGAUCAUGUGAGCAUCGCUCUUAGCUUUGCUUCAUUGUAAUUGACUUAAGUGUGUUGAUGGUUAGUUUUAAUUGUGACACAGGGUUGUGUUUCUAGUCAAAAGCCUUGAGCUGAAAAAUGGCAGAAUCAGUGUUAAUGUAAAAUACACAUCAUUGUUAUCAUCAUGAUCCGUUUUGUUUUUGUGUGUUUUUUAGAUGUGAGAGGGGAGUUGUCCUCGUUGGUUUAACUCUACAUAGACCAGGUCUAGCUUUGUGCACGUUCAACCUGUCAGUUUGCAGUCAAUCUUCAUAGCCAGAGUCCUCUGACACCUAGUACUGUAGAACAAAGACUAAUAUUAUAUUAAUAUAACUCAAUAUUUGAUUCAUUCUGCAGGUUGGAACAAACAUGCCACAUUAUCUACAAACAGUCCAGAAGCCUGAGCCCUUCGUCCUGCUGUUUGGAGACGACAACGACAACAUUUAAAGUACUUUGUCUAAAGCAAACAUGUACUAAUUCCAGCCUCUCAAACAUGAAUAUUUGCUGGUUUUCUGUGAUGCCUAAAUCGUUAGGUUUUGGAUAUAUUGGGAGACAUCACCAUGGACUCUGGAAACUAAUGAUGGGCAUUUCUUCCGGACGAAGCGAUCAAUCGGUCAAUUGAGAAGAUAAUCUUUGGAUUAACAGAUAAAGUACAUGAUUGCUAGUUCCAGGCCUAGUCGCACAAAAAGCUCAUAGGAGUUCCUCAAGUAGUUUGUGUUUUCAAUAAAUCUGCUCCCCGCUCUGACUCUUUAUCAUUCGAAGUGGCAUUCUCUAAAAACACAGCAGCAGGAUUCCAAGUAAACCUUAAAGUACACAGCUUGAAGACCAAGAAGAAUGUCAGUUGUGGAUGCGCACACUGAGUACAGAGGGAACCGGAGACGGCUUGGAGGUCUCCUAGCAACAGCCAACAAGAGGGAGGGCCAGAGGUUGAUGGAAACAGUGAGGGAGUGAUGAAGAAGAGCAGAGCAUGAGGCCGAAGCAGCGCUGACUGCAGGAACUCAAACUGAACCCUGGAAAACAAGUAAAGAUCCAUCCAUUAAUCCAUCAUGAUGUUUGUGGGAACUUCUUUGGGUAGCAAUUCCUCCUCCCCUAUCCCAACCCACAGCCCCAGUCCUGAUCGCCAGUCAGACGGUCCGUCCCUCGCUCUCCUGCCUCAGUCCCCUCCAUACUGGGCAACGCAGGCACGGUGGGAUCUUGCACAGGCAGAGGCAGAGAUACGUCGCCUACAAGAGCGUCAUGCAACCGAGACAGACACUGUGAAGCGGGGUGUAGAGCGGGCCAUCCUGGGAGCUCGCAGAGAAGAGCGGCGCCUGCUAGAAAGGGUGGAGCAAGACCAUCGGGACACUCAGCAGCAUCUAGAGCAGAUCCAGAGAGAGAACAUGGCAGCCGCACGGGUCAGCCAGUCCCUGUUAGACCAAAGGCUCCGUAAACUUUCUCAACUUCAGCAGCGGACUCAGCAGGUAGGUCAACAGUCAUGUCCAGAUGAUGGUGGGCCAAACCAGCAGCUGAAGGACGUUGCAGAGUUCCUACAACCAUGGGAAGUCUCAGUUUCCCUAAAGAAAGUCAAUUUCAAACCCAGCUCCCAACCUAAUGCGGUCAACUUCGGAGAUAUUAGCGUGCAAGAAAAAAGCCUGUGCCUGCACGUCGGAGGUUGCGGGCCACAGGGGCAGCUGUGUGUUCUCCAUUCACAGGAGAUGCGGUGUGAAGACGCAAACCAUCAAGGUACUGGAGGAGAGAAAAGCACCCUAGGACAGGGGUGGACCUCACCAACAGGCAGGGUUGUCAGGAAAAUCAGUCUUUCUACCCGGAGUGAUCUGGAAUCAGAAGAGGAACAAAACCUCUCCACAACAAACAUAAGUCGCUGGCUUCCUAAGUGUGAGCAGUCGGACUGGGAGUCAUCCCAGGAUGACGAGAUGGAGUCAGGCGCUCUUCAGCCACAAGGCGAGGACAUAUUUUUGGCUGUCCCUACAGUACUUAAAAACAUGGACACUGAAGGCAAGGAGCAGGUGUACAAGAUGAAUGGUAAUGCUAAACACUUCUCUCCCAGGAAUCCGAGGAAAACGAUAACUGUGGUCUCUGGUAGGAAGCCGUCCCCCUCGCCUGAACGUAGAGUGGAGUAUGCUAAGCUAAGUCACUGCUUGAGUUUAUACAGCCAGGGUGGAGGUAAAGGAAAAGUGAGUCAAGAGUCCAAUAGUAGACCUUUGAAGUACAGUAACAGUGCCCUCAGAUCUCCCAAGAUGACUUCAAAAGAGCCUCUGACCAGUCAAAGCUGCCUAGACCUCACUUCCAGAGGCCGACCUCAGUCUCGACUCAGCCAGUCGUCUGAUGAACACUCUCUCGGGCCCCAUGGUGAUAAUGGCCGAGCACCAUCCCCAACAGACAGCCUUGACUCCAGCUAUACUUUCAUUGUUAGCCCACCUCAUGACUACAGCUUGAACAGAGGCUCUUUGAACUACAAUUGUCGUCUAUCAAAGUCUGCAGUGGACUUGACACACAAGACUCGCCCGAUGAUCAUUGGUGGGACGACUGAGCACCUCGGAGAGUGGCCCGUGAAGUGUAAUAACCAUAUCUCCAUGUCGAGCUCAACGUCCCCAACUCUUAGUAGGAGGCGAAGGGUCUCUGACAUGGGGCACACCCCAACGUACCCUACAUAUAGAAGUUAUAAUAUUCUGCACAAGCCACAGAAAAAAAUUACUGUGACUGCCUCAAAACAACCCCUGGUGGCUAGGUCUUUAUCCAUGUCUGUCAUUGAUGGCUCUUCUCAAGAGCCAAAGAGAGGGAGAGGAGAGAGAGGAGAGCCAGCCCUGGUGGAGUUGGAGGAGGAGGGAGACUCGUCCUUGACAGUAUUCAACCCCAGAGGAGUCCAUCUGAUCAGGCAGUUUGGGAAGCAGGGUUCUGGUAGAGCUGACCUUACGCUGCCAAGUGGUAUACAUGCCACACCACAGGGCCUACUCUAUAUAGUGGACUGUGGAAAUGCACGUGUUCAGGUGACUGACCUUCGGGGGAAUAUCCUCCAGCAAGUGACCUCCCCAACUUCUGACGGCUCUGCAAGAAGAUGUCGGAACUACUUCGAUAUUGCCGUCAAUGCUAAGGGUUUGAUUGCACUUAGCUGUGCAGCAGAGCGGGCCCUGCUUGUCUUCAGCCGGCAUGGUCGCCUACUCCAGACCUUUGGUGGGUCAGGGUUGGGCUCUGCAAAAGAUGAGCUUGAGGCUCCCAGGGGCGUGACCAUAACCAGACUGGAUGAGUUCUUGGUAGCUGAUAUCCGGAAAGGUAGCCUCAUUGCCCUGAAGCUUGACCCUAAAACAGGCUCCCGUCUAGAGCGCACAGUGGUGACUGGAUUCCACCGGCCUUACUUAGUGGCAGCUUGCUCAAGCUCAGGCAUGGUAGCUGUGUCCGAAAGGGGCAAUGAAACAGGCCAUGUGCCUUGCAUCAAAGUGCUGGAGCCAGGCUGGAACACAGUGAGAGUUUUAGGUAUAUGUGCUGGUAUGGGACCAGUCCUCGCCUGUCCCUGGGGCAUCUCUAUAGAUACAGAUGGUAACGUGCUGGUAGCGGACUGGGGGGAGCAGCACAGAGUCCUGUUAUACCCAGCACAGGGAGUGGGGUGGCCGAUAGUGACCCAGGGCUUGAGUAGUCCACGUGGACUGGCCCUGCUACCUGAGGGCCAACUCGCUGUGUCCAACAGCAUGCACCAUUGCAUUAAGAUAUACCAGUACAAAGUGACCCAGGACUAGAGAGCGUGACUUGAUGUUUAAAACCACCAUCACAAAACUAUGGUGAGGUAACCAAUCACACCUGAGAUGUUGGGUGCAUUUAUUCUUAAUCAUUUUAGUAAUUUCACAGCAUAACUGCAACUACAAUCAGAUGCAACUUCUGUGCCGAUACUGUAAACUUCACUUGUGAAACUCAACUGAAUUUAGGCUGACAAGCGAUGUAUUGGUGUCUGGUAAAGCUCAGGGGUCGGCAACCUUUUUUAUAUGAAUUGCCGUUUGUUCUUGUAAAUCAGCCAUAUUAAACAUUAAUAUAAAUUAGUGCUGGGCAAGUUAACACGUUAACGCAUUAAUUA